AUGGUUGUGGAUGCAGCCAAAAAGCCAACUGCUCGAUACAUCAAGACACAGCCGGGUGGGAUUCCCUUUUUCUUGCAGAGCAUCUACAACCUCUUCCAGAUCGUCACACCAGACUUUGAGUCUACUAGAGUUGGUUUGAUAGCCCUCAUUGAAUGUCAGGAUGAGAAGAUGGAAUCUGGAAGGGGAGAUUGGGCACUGAUUCAGGAGAUCUGGACAAUUGUGAUGAAUUAUCCAAUGAAACUCAAGCAAAUGAAGCACUUUCAUUCGGGAUUAGGUGCCAAUCUACUGGUAUCCGGAUUGAAACGAUUCCUGCCAAAGAGCUUCAAGGAAAAGUUUGAGAUGGGUUGUUCCACUGGAGCAGGAACUCUUGAUUCCAUGUUCCUGCAGCCAACUUUGGAAGCUGCAAUGGACAGACUGUUGCGUCGAUUUGAGGCUUGUUUGAGGAAGAGAUUCUACCAUGAAGCUACUUUCAAACUGUAA